AUGCCGGGGCCGCGCUGCCCGCGGUGCCCCCCUCGGGCGGAGCGGGGGGACCCGCCGCCCUCGCCCCCCGACAGGAGAACAAAGAAAGGUGACAGUAUUUUGGAGAACCCAUCGAUUCCAAAUCCUUUUCCUGAGCUGUGUUGCUCGCCGUUUGCAUCAGUUUUGUCAGCCAGUCUGUUGCCCAAGGCAACUUCAAGAAAAAAGCAGGUAAUCAAAGUGUAUAGUGAAGAUGAUACUAGCAGAGCUUUGGAAGUACCAAGUGAUAUAACAGCCAGGGAUGUGUGUCAGCUCUUGAUAUUGAAGAACCACUAUGUUGAUGACCACAGCUGGACUCUCUUUGAACAACUUACCCACACAGGUUUAGGAAGAGCUAUAGAAGACCAUGAAUUAGUGAUGGAAGUCCAGUCAAAUUGGGUAAUGGAAGAGGAAACCAAACUGUAUUUUAGAAAAAAUUAUGCAAAAUAUGAGUUUUUUAAAAAUCCACUGAGCUUUUUUCCAGAUCAUAUGAUAUCCUUUCCAAGUGAGACCAAUGCAGCUCUAAGCCACUCUGGGAUAUUACAGAUGUUCCUUAGCUCCAGCACAUAUCCUGAGAUUCAUGGUUAUUUGCAUGCAAAGGAGCAGGGGAAGAAAUCAUGGAAAAAAUUGUACUUUCUUUUGAGAAGAUCUGGCCUUUAUUUUUCCACUAAAGGUACAUCUAAGGAGCCAAGGCAUCUGCAGUUUUUCUGUGAAUUCAGCAAUAGUGAUAUGUACAUGUCUUUAACAGGCAAAAAGAUUUCUGGAGCACCAACAAACUAUGGAUUCUGCUUUAAGCCUAACAAAUCAGGAGGAACCAGAGACCUGAAACAGCUCUGUGCAGAUGAUGAACAAAGUAGGACCUGUUGGAUGACAGCAAUUAGGUUACUCAAGUAUGGGAUGCAGCUGUAUCAGAAUUACAUGCAACCAUAUCAAGGUAGAAGUGGCUGCAGCCCUUUGAAUAUAACACCUAUGAGAAGCAUUUCAGAAAAUUCUUUAGUAGCAAUGGAUUUCUCAGGACACAGAAGCAGAAUUAUAGAAAAUCCAACAGAAGCCCUUUCAGUUGCAGUUGAAGAAGGAUUAGCGUGGCGGAGGAGAGGGUGUCUCCGACUCAACUCACAUGGUAGUCCUAUUGCUAUGUCUAACAUGGCUAUACACAGAUCUCAGUCAUGGUUUCAUCAUAAAAUCUCUAGAGAAGAGGCUCAGAGACUUAUUUUGCAGCAUGGACUUGUAGAUGGGGUAUUCCUGGUACGUGAUAGCCAAAGUAACCCCAAAACAUUUGUAUUGUCACUGAGUCAUGGAUUAAAAAUAAAACAUUUUCAAAUUGUACCAUUGGAAGAUGAUGGGAAGCUAUUCUAUACCCUCGAUGAUGGUCAUACCAGAUUUACUGAUCUCAUCCAGCUAGUGGAAUUCUAUCAACUUAAUAAAGGAGUGCUGCCUUGCAAGUUAAAACACUAUUGUGCACGGAUUGCUCUUUAACCAAAGCAUUUGCUGUUUCAUCAGAGGGAAAGGAAGAUACUGGUAUACUUUUUCCCCCAAAGGCAAUUUGUAUAGCAAAAAGGGAGGGGGGAAACCCAUUACAUUGUAAAGAUUCUAUGUUUAAGCUGAAAAAAAAAUUUAUAUUCUAUGUAGAUAAGAACUUUGCUUUGUGAUUGUCACAGCAAAAUUAACUUUAUGGUUUUGAAAACCAUUCUUUCCUAUGUAAUUCUUUAGUGUUGUCUUGGACUUUCUGGGUUUUCUUUUCAUCUGAAAACAGUUUUGAAAAAUAUUGUGUAACUCCUACAAAAAUAUAACUGA